AUGAACAUUUUUUUUUGUUAUAUCCUAUUUUUUCUAUACAAUAUAUAUUUAAUUAUAGGAGUAAAUAUAAAAAGAAAAUAUGCAUUAUUUUUAAAUUAUACAAUUAGUAUCAAUAAGAAUAAAAAAAAUAUAAAUCGCUUAUGUUGCUAUAAAAAAAGAGUAAAGGCUAAAGAACUGAGAAAAUUAUCAACUGAAGAACUUGAAAAAGAAAUAGUAAAGUGCAGAUUAGAUAUUCAAAUGUUUCAGCAAAAAGGUUUCCAUGAUAUACAUAAUUUUAAUGUACAUUACGAAAAAAAUGCUAGGAGAAAAUUAGCCCAGUUGUUAACUAUUUACUAUGAAAGAUAUUUAGAUAACAAUAUAAGAUUAAAAACUUAA